GAGGGGAGACCUCCAGUGUCCCUGAUGCCCUCACCUACAAGAUGUGCAGCUUGUAACCCUGCACGUCAAUGAGCUGCAACUUGAAAUGGGUGAAUUCCAGGUCAUCCAGCAGUUGGAGGAGGUGAUAGAUAUGACACGAAGAGAGGUUAAAAAUGAGAAGGAAUUUGUCUCCAGGAAGCUCAAACACAGCACAACAGUUUUGCUGUCUCUGUCUAGAUAUUUAAGAAGUGGAGCGAGGGAUUCAAUCGAUCAUCCUUCCUGCUCAGACUGUGGGGAGAGAUUCACUCGGUCAUUUGACCAACUGGCAACCCGUCAUUUUACACAGGAGAAAGGCCUUUCACCUGCUCAGUCAGUGGGAAUGGAUUCACUCGGUUAUCACAAUUGAAGGUACAUCAGCAAGUUCACACUGGGCAAGGCCAUUCAACUGUUCUCUGUGUGAGAAGGGGUUCAGUCGGUCAUCCCACCUGUGGACACACCAGUCAGUUCACACCACACUGGGCAGAGGCUGGUCAUCUGCUGAAUUUCUGGGAAAGGAUUCACUCAGUCAUCUGACCUAAUGGCUCACCAGCGAGUUCACACUGGGGAGAAACCGUUCACCUGCUCAGUCUGUGGGAAAGGAUUUACACAGUCAUCUACCCUACUGGUACAUCAGCGAGUUCACACUGGGGAGAAGCCGUUCACCUGCUCGGAAUGUGGGAAGGGAUUUAAUCAGUCAUCCCAACUACAGAGACAUCAGCGAGUUCACACUGGGGAGAAGCCGUUCACCUGCACAGUCUGUGGGAAGGGAUACGCUGACUCUUCCACCCUGCAGAGUCAUCAGCGAGUUCACUCUGGAGAGAGACCGUUCACCUGCUCAGAAUGUGGGAAGGGAUUCACUGAUCCAUCCACCCUACAGAGUCAUCAGCGAAUUCACACUGGAGAGAAGCCGUUCACCUGCUCAGUCUGUGGGAAGGGAUUCACUCAGUCAUCCCACCUACGGAGUCACCAACGAGUUCAUACUGGGGAGAGGCCGUUCACCUGCUCAGUCUGUGGGAAGGGAUUCACUCGGCCAUUCCACCUACAGAGUCAUCAGCGAGUUCACACUGGGGAGAGGCCAUUCACCUGCUCAGUCUGUGGGAAGGGAUUCACUCAGUCAUCCGACCUACUGGUACAUCAGCGAGUUCACACUGGGGAGAAGCCGUUCACCUGCUCAGUCUGUGGGAAGGGAUUCACUCUGUCAUCUACCCUACUGGUACAUCAGCGAGUUCACACUGGGGAGAAGCCGUUCAACUGCUCAGUCUGUGGGAAGGGAUUCACUCUGUCAUCUACCCUACUGGUACAUCAGCGAGUUCACACUGGGGAGAAGCCGUUCACCUGCUCAGUCUGUGGGAAGGGAUUCACUCGUUCAUCCCACCUACGGAGUCACCAGCGAGUUCACAGUGGGGAGAAGCCGUUCGCCUGCUCAGUCUGUGGGAAGGGAUUCACUCGGUCAUUCACCCUACAGAGACAUCAGCGAGUUCACACUGGGGAGAAGCCAUUCACCUGCUCAGUCUGUGGGAAGGGAUUCACUCGGUCAUUCACACUACAGAGUCAUCAGCGAGUUCACACUGGGGAGAGGCCGUUCACCCACUGAGAAUGUGGGAAAGGAUUCACUCAGUCAUUCCACCUACUGGCACACCUGUCAGCUCACAAUGGGGAGUGGCCAUUGUUAUGAAUCCCUAGGUUUUGUUUGCUGUGGACUGUCAUUUUAAGAGAGAGAGAGAGAGAGAGAGAUUAAGAAGGCAAAUCAGUCUGACUUGCAGCUUGUUUACAUCGUGUGCAGCUUGUUUAGUUUUAACCGAGGACACAGACACUCAGAGUCAGACGGAGACGAAGGAGGAAAAAUGGAAGGAUUGAAACCAGGGAACUAGUGGCCAAGGGUCACUGUUUGGAACUUUCCUUUGCCCACAAGGGUGGAUUCACCUUACAUCGAAUGUGUGGCUGUCACCUCAUUUGAUCCAUAGGAGUGGAUCUGAUUUGGGGUAUCCUGUGGAGACUACUUAUGUGUUAACCAUUGCCUGGCUGUGGUGUGGUAAUUCAUUAAGACGAUACCCCUUAUGACAAGUCACUUCGGGUGAUAAUUAGUAUGUGGAUUUGGAAGGAUGACAGAUAAAAUCUACAGUGACUGUUGGUCUCAUUUUACCACCAUGAAAACUGUGGAAUAUGACAUAAUUGCCUUCUCUCAACAUUUACCCUGGAUUACAAAUAUCUCUCUCUCAUCACCUAUUAUGUAGUUGAACUGAACUUUCAUACUUUACCAUCUCAAGACUCCAAGUCUUGUUUCCCCCGAGCUCAAUAGUUUGGGAGUUUUAGUUAUACACAUUUAUACACAUUUAUACACACAACACUCUCGAGGAAAUCUGCAGAUGCUGGAAAUUCAAACAACACACACAAAAUGCUGGUGGAACACAGCAGGCCAGGCAGUAUCUAUAAGAAGAACUGUUGAUGUUUCAGGCUGAGACCCUUCGUCAGGACUAACUGAAAGGAAAGAUACUAAGUGAUAUGAAGGUAGUGGGGGGAGGGUGAAAUACGAAAUGAUAGGAGAAGACCAGAGGUGGUGGGAUGAAGCUAAGAGCUGGAAAGGUGAUGGGCGAACAUGAUACAGAGCUGGAGAUGGGAGAGGACCAUUGGACAGGAGGCCUCGGGAGAAAGAAAGGUGGGGGGAAGCACCAGAGAGACAUGGAAAACAGGCAAACAAUUAAAUAUGUCAGUGAUGGGGCAAGAAGUGGAAGAGGGGCAUUAACGGAAGUUAGAAAAGUCAAUGUUCAUUCCAUCAGGCUACCCAGCCAGUCUAUAAGGUGUCGUUCCUCCAACCUGAGUUUGGAUUAAUUUUGACAGUAGAGGAGGCCAUGGAUAGACAUAUCAGAAUGGGAAUGGGACGUGGAAAUGAAAUGUGUGGCCACUGGGAGUAGUCUGUUGCUGCUGGUUCGUUUCUAAAGCGUUACGGUUUGUAACAAAAUGGGGCCUGUGUCUGGGAUAGGAACAAAUUUAAGGAUUGAUUUAAUAUCGAUUUCAUUGGGGAAAUCCCUUUUGAUUUAUUUGUGUGUGGAAAAUCAGCAGCAAUGGAUGUUGAUAGAUAUCUGGAACCUCUCCGGCAUUAGAGGACACCAGAAGGAUUGAGUUGUUGAGUAUUGCUAAAAUGUUAAUAAUCGCUCAGGUGAAAUUGACAAUGAGGAGGGCACAGCUGCAGACGAUAAUAGCUGAACAUUAUGUAUCUGAGGGUGUGUUUAAAGUGGAGGAGUUGGAGUUUCCUGAAAGUAAACCUCAUGAGCUUGAGCUCCCGUAGAAGUUAGAACAAUUAAAGAUGGAGGCUCCGGAAAGGCAGAGGCAGUUUCAGGCUGGAGAGGCAGAAAAGCAGAAAGAAAAGUUCUCUUACAAAGUGUAAUUAAGGGGAAGGCUUAGCAAGCCUAUUCUGCUUUGACAGUUGCUGAAGCAGCUGCUUAUUUACUUAUUU